AGCGAGCCCGCUUCCGCUUCCGCCGCUUCAAGGGUCCGCUCAGUUUCCGGCGGCCGGCUGUGAGUGAGCAGAAUGGGUCAAAGUCAGAGUGGUGGACAUGGUCCUGGAGGUGGCAAGAAGGAUGACAAAGAUAAGAAGAAGAAAUAUGAGCCUCCAGUUCCAACUCGCGUGGGGAAAAAGAAGAAGAAGACAAAGGGACCAGAUGCUGCCAGCAAACUUCCACUGGUAACCCCUCACACCCAGUGCAGACUCAAACUGUUGAAAUUGGAAAGAAUAAAAGAUUACCUUUUGAUGGAGGAAGAAUUCAUCAGGAACCAGGAACAGAUGAAACCUUUGGAAGAAAAGCAAGAGGAAGAGAGAUCAAAGGUGGAUGAUCUGAGAGGGACCCCGAUGUCUGUAGGGACACUGGAGGAGAUUAUUGAUGAUAAUCAUGCUAUCGUGUCUACGUCGGUGGGAUCAGAGCACUAUGUCAGCAUUCUCUCCUUUGUAGACAAGGAUUUGCUGGAGCCAGGGUGUUCAGUUCUGCUUAAUCAUAAGGUCCACGCUGUGAUAGGAGUCCUCAUGGAUGACACAGAUCCUUUAGUGACAGUGAUGAAGGUGGAGAAAGCCCCUCAAGAGACAUAUGCAGAUAUUGGAGGCUUAGAUAACCAGAUUCAAGAAAUUAAGGAGUCUGUGGAGCUCCCUUUGACCCAUCCUGAAUAUUAUGAAGAGAUGGGUAUCAAGCCACCCAAAGGAGUCAUUCUGUAUGGACCACCUGGCACAGGUAAAACAUUACUAGCCAAAGCAGUCGCAAACCAAACCUCUGCCACCUUCCUGAGAGUGGUUGGUUCUGAACUCAUACAGAAGUACCUGGGAGAUGGUCCAAAGCUUGUUCGAGAACUCUUUCGAGUGGCUGAGGAACAUGCCCCGUCAAUCGUCUUCAUUGAUGAAAUCGAUGCUAUAGGUACCAAAAGAUAUGAUUCAAAUUCGGGGGGCGAAAGGGAAAUCCAACGAACAAUGCUGGAGCUGCUGAACCAAUUAGAUGGGUUCGACUCACGUGGAGAUGUAAAAGUGAUCAUGGCCACUAACAGAAUAGAAACACUGGAUCCAGCUUUAAUCAGGCCAGGACGUAUUGAUAGGAAGAUUGAAUUCCCUCUGCCCGACGAGAAAACAAAGAAGCGCAUCUUUCAGAUUCAUACCAGCAGAAUGACUUUGGCAGAUGAUGUCACACUGGAUGAGCUGAUUAUGGCUAAAGACGAUCUUUCUGGUGCAGAUAUUAAGGCUAUUUGCACAGAAGCUGGCUUGAUGGCUCUGCGGGAACGGAGAAUGAAAGUAACAAACGAAGACUUCAAAAAAUCAAAAGAGAAUGUUCUUUAUAAGAAACAAGAAGGCACCCCAGAGGGCCUCUAUCUGUAACUUUUUACCUUUUGUUUGUUUGUCCUGGGGCAAGAGAAAUUAUUGGAACCUUCCUUUCAGAGUACAGGAAAAGCAUGAGAAAUUAAUGCCUUGGGCGGAAAGAAAAAGCUUUUGCUGCUUGAAGCAUUGUUUAAGUGAAUUCCUCCACAUUGUAGUUUUAAACACUUUAUUUGCCAUUAAAACCUUGGUUUCCAAAAGGA